AUGCUGGUCAAAGUUUGCCUUGGUGGUGCGGGGAUUUCCCUCCUCGUCCUCUUCAUCACCGCCAUUUCCACAUUCAAUUUGAUGCAAGAAAUUGACGAGCUCUUCGAGACGGGUGUUGCCGAUUUUAGAGAGGCUCAGCAAGCCCAUCGUGAUUCAUGGCUGUCACUACAAAGCCUUCAGAACGACCCAAUACAAUCGUCCACAAAGGAAAUCCCUUCAGUUUUCAGCAUUCGCGAGAAGCGUCGAGCCAAGAAGAAGAGAUUCCACGAUCAAUGCAACUGUGGAGCCAGAUCGAGGAAUUGCCCUCGAGGCCCACCAGGACCACCUGGCCAGUUGGGAGAGCUUGGUGAACUCGGUCUGUCCGGUCAAGCCGGUCUUCCAGGAGCUGCUGGAGUGAAUGGGUUAUUGAAUGAGAACAAAGGUGGCUGUAUUCAAUGUCCAGCCGGUCCACGAGGAUUCCCCGGACCACCUGGAAUGCCAGGAAUGCCUGGACCUGAAGGACCACCAGGAGAAGACGGAACGAAUGGAAGAGACGGAAAAGAGGGAACCCUUGGACCAAAUGGAGACGAAGGAGCACCAGGAAAUCCGGGCUUUCCUGGCCGAGUCGGUCCACCUGGACAAGAUGGUGCGAAACCGAUUGGACUACCAGGGCCACCAGGAAAUCGUGGAAAAGCUGGAGAACAAGGAAAACCAGGACUCAAGGGAUAUGAUGGAGCUGCAGGAAGGCCUGGUGAACGCGGAGAGAUUGGCGAGGUUGGACUACCCGGUGAUCGGGGAAAUGAUGGGCCACAUGGACAGCCUGGUGCACCUGGUCCGAAUGGUGUCAGCGGAGCCUAUUGCAAGUGUGAAGAUGGAACGUCAGGCUACUCUCGCGGAGGAAGUGGUGCCUACAAGCGCGAGCAGUUUGGUCGA